AUGUCGAAACUGGUUCUUUUUCAAGCAGCCAUGCUGAUUAGCAGCGCAUUGUGCGUCCCAUCUUUGCCCGGAAAUUCUGGCAUCCAAUCACGUUCCAUAACUUCGGUUCUCUCUGAGAGGUCUGCCCCGGAUGAACGUCAGGUGCACACAAGUACAGCUUAUGCAUUCGAAAAAACUGCGAUAUUAGUGUACGAAGUUCUGAACCGCGUAGCAAGCCACAGUUGGGAAUGGGGCGCCCAAGCGCAGGUCAUCUUUGAGAGAGAUUACCCGGAUUAUAGCGUUUACUCCCAAACUCGUAAACUACCACUGUCUUCAGAAGAUGGGCCGCUGAAACCUCCUACAGGAUUGAUCAAUUUCCUCGAGCCGAUUCUUGCCAAACGCGAUCCUAAAACUAAGCCUAUUGUUGAUGGGGAUGGCGCAUCAGGUGACCCGGCAAGCCUAGGGGUUCCGGUGAUUGUUGCUGCUGCGACCAGCAACAAAGAAAGGGCCAAAUAUUUUCAAAAGCUGGCGGAUGACCAGCUAGAUUGGUUAAUGCAUCACGUCCCGACUAACGAAAAUGGUGCAAUAUCUCAAAGAAACAAAGAGCUGCAAUACUGGUCAGAUUAUAUGUACAUGGCUCCUCCAUUUCUUGCCUUUUACGGAGCUCAAACCUCCAACGCCACCCUACUGGAAAUCGCCUACAAUCAAGCCAAGCAAUACCGAACUAUUUUGCGGAAUGGCAAAAUUAAAGUAUGGGAACACAUCAAGGAUGGAAGCUUUGAAGAUCGAAAUUUUUGGUCUACUGGCAACGGGUGGGCAGCCGCUGGAAUGAUGAGACUCUAUUCCACCUUUCUCAAUUUGCGCGACCCGAAGCUCAGAGAACUUACAGAGCUGUGGAGACAGGAUUUGGCUAAAUGGGUCGCUGAAAUCGUCAAAGGUGCCUAUGCAUAUCAAGACAAAGAGACACUUCUGUUGCCCAACUACCUGGCAAACACCGACCCAGCGCACAAUUACCCCGAAUGCUCCGGUACUGCUUUAAUCGCCGCCGCUGCUUACCGGCUAGUAUCCCUUCGCCCGACUAGCGCAAAGCGCCUGCCGCUUGAUGCCAUCAAUGCAGCCCGCGUGGCUAUCUUCACAAAAUACACCAACCCGAAAACGGGCGCAGUGGCCCCAGUCGUGGACCCUCUAAAUUGGAAUGCACCCAAGCCGUUCAACGGAGAAAAGCCAAUUGUUGGAUAUGUCAGUCCCGAAGGUCAAGCCUUUACGAUUUUACUGUUUGAAGCCUGGAAGGCGUAUGUCUCAACCCUCAACUGCAACGCCAAUUCUUCUGAUCAUCCCCACUGUCCAAGCGACACUUCAGCCUCAUAA